CAAAACGUCCCGCGCUGACAAAGGACGCGGCUUAAAAAUUUCUAAUAACAAUUUUCCGUCAGUGGUAGCUCACUGGAUGAAAUGCGUUUUUUGCAGCAUACGAAAGGAGUUUAACUUCGCAAACUGUUUUUCAAGGAAAGAUGGCAGUGAGGGUGAAGACAGACAGAGAAAGUCACCUCUCGUAUUGUACAGGGGCUUUAGGGAAGGUGGAUUCUCUGCAGCUACAGAAAAAUGCUUCAAAUGAUGAAAGUUUUGACCUUGUCAGACAACAAACGAGCUUUGUAGAUGAAACUGCACAAGGGAACGUGUCUUUCUCGCAAAUUGAUCCUCACCGGAUUAUAAAACAAGAAACAGACGAAAACUACAACAUUACAACGCCGCCUCGCUCAGCCAGGAGCCUUUCGCCGAGAGGAAACAGGCGAAGUAAAUCGCCCCAGGAUAAUGCAUCACCCCAACAAUUCACCGAGAAGUUCUCGCCAGACAACAUGAAAAAAGAAUAUUCAGAAGAUGUUUCCCCACCUGGGAGCGCGGCUCGUUCACCAAAUUCUCCCUUUUUUGAGAGGAGGUCGCAUUCUGAGGCCAUUGUCGUCUCAAACACAACCUUACCCUUACCGGGUUCUCGGUUGUUCCGACCGGACGAACGAAUGAGAAAUCUACAUUUCGAAGCGCUAAAAAACCAUCAAGGUUCGACUGUACAUGCUGAUGAUCUUCCUUGCACCUCUAAGAGGGUUUACAGCCAUUAUGGUUCAGUUCCUACCAUGGUUUCACGUUACCCGGAAAAUUUUGUUGUUCCACGUUUUAGAGCACGAAGCAACGAGGAUUUUUUGCGCCACGAGUGGCAACAGUCCUCUCUGUACGAGGUUAGUCAUAGGGAGCCUUCCCUUUACAGAAACGGUGUUACAAAAGUCUUAAAUGAAAGUGAACCCAGAAGCAAGAAUACCUCCAAUAGUUUCCAAGAAGAGCAAGGGCCUGAAGUGAAUGGCUCAUCGCCAAACGACCCCAAAACGUAUCAAAACGGGGUCUCCGCAACUGGAAUAAAUUCAGAACAGGGCGCUGUCCACAGGAAGGACGAGGAGCCAGUGUGGAAGAAAUACCAGUGGUACAGAGACCGGAAGCGACCACAUUCUCAACAGACUAAACCGCGUAAAUUAGAGCAAACCAUUUUCAUGCAGUACAACGAGAUCCGCUGCAGAAGAGUACAAGAGGGAAAGGUGGUGAACGCAGGGAGGAGGAGAUCGUCAGAGUCUUGGUUUCUCGGCAACGGUAAAGAAGUCAAUCAUUCGCAUCCUUUGUCUCCUAAAAGGGCUCGCACUCACGAGUAUUCUUACGGAGAGGCGCAGUCCAACAUUGCCGUUGUUGAGCAACUACGUUCCCCACCUCCACAAACGCUGGGCCACGACAAUUUGGAGCGCGCAAACAAAUCGUACGUUCUGCCCAGGGGUAACCUUACUCACAACGUUGACGAAGACAAUUUGGAGAGAUUCAAGGACGCGGAUGAAACCGAUUUUAACAGGACAGGAAACUUUUAUUGUUUCUGUGGUAGGGAAGGCUGCAUUGAGCAACAAAGAUCAGCUCGGCCUGUCAUCUUCUGCCAUGAAGAACUAAAAGCAAGAAACCAAGACUGCAGCACUAAGUUUAGGGAAGAGACAGGCGUUGAAAUCGUUGAUGGCGAAGAACGAAUGUCCCCUGACCUUGGAGAUGACACUUUCGAAGGGAUCAGCAGCCAAAUAGAUAAUGAUAACACAGAGGUUCUUCCCGAGAAAUUGCGUCGUUGUCCCCAAGACGUAGCAAAGAUUCUGCGUCUAAACAGGAUCGUAAAAGCCGUCACAAAUGGCAGGAAAAGGGCUAUUACUUCAGAUUCGAAAAAAGAACUGCAAACAGUCAUUAAAAUGAAGAAACGCGAGAACAAUCACAACUCGACCGCACAUGGAGAUGAUGAUGAAGUUACGUCUAUAGGAAGACUCGAAAAGCGGAUGGAAAAUCUGAGCGAUUCUGAACAAGAGAGCGACCAAAGAUGCGACAGUGAGAAUUUAGCGGAGAAAACGAUAGAGGAUGAUGACGAUGAUGAAGAAGAAAGAAAUCCUAUUGGAAACUACAUGGAUUAUUUUAGCUACCCUGAGAAAAAGCCUCAACAAAUGAGAAACGAAUUCGAUAACAGUUCUGUCUUUCCGCAGUCUGUUUCCGAUCAAGAACCGUUUCCAGUUCGCAAGCCAAACGGUGUUGAAGAUAUACCUGCCCGUGAUGACGACGCCGCGGUAUGUCAGGUAAACGGGCUUCUUUCACUGCCCGGAUUCAAAGAAACAAAGUUUAACAUCAGCCUAGGAGAGCUUAAAAGACGGAUGAACCCGCCGGAGACACUAACACGAGUUGAAAUGAUAUCAUACGUGAGACAGGCCAAGUCAUCGGGGAGGGUUCUCCUGGACAAAAACAACAUCGUCACCGCUAAUCGUUCGCGCCCCACUAUUCUUUCGCGCGUUUGCGAGGGUGAGGCGCAAGUCUUAGCCGAAGGAAUACAGAAGAUGAACAGGGACUAUCUACCGCUUACAGAGCUGGCUCGUAAAACGGUCGACGCUUAUAAGGACGACGACUGUCAGGUAGAGAACUGUGAGGACUGCAGACUCAAACUCAGAAGAAGAAUUGUGGAUGUUGAAAUAACAAGAAACUCGCUGAAAGAGCUGCAUAAGACUAUCGAAGACAGUAGAAAGGACGAUCUACUUCAUACAUUUGAGCUUGCGUCGCACACUUUUGGGGUGGCAAACAUUCUCAACCAUUUAUCUCUUCUAGAUGACUACUUUAAAACUUUGUUAUUGACGCUACAAGACGAAUGAAACGAAACGACCGCGCAUAGAAAUUAAACACUCACAAUCUCCGAACUGAAACAACGAAGACUAGAAAAGUAGUUAUUCAACUCAAAAUAAGAAAUUUCAUAAAACCUUCUGAGCAAUUAUCGCGGUGAGUGACAGGCCAAAUAACCAAAUGAUCGAUUUGAAUUCGAUUUUUGAUACUUAGAGGGAAAGAAAUAAUUAAUUUUUUUUUCUAUUGUGUUUUAAGAAAAAGUGAAAAAACAACUGAUUUAAGUGUAUUC